UCCAUGCUUUCACCUCACUCUCAGCUCUUCAUUGCAUUGCAGAGAGGAUAGACUGAAGAGAGGGGAGGGGGACACGACCAAGGGAGAGCUCUGUGAGACAUAUUUUUUUUUGACAUUCCCUCUCUCUGUCUCUCUUUUAUCACUCUCAUCCUCCCUUUUACCUCCUCUCCCAAUGUGUUUUGGGUCUCCCUGUUUUCCUCCUCCUCCUGGCUGUUCUUCUUGUUAAGUGUCUCCAAUCUGCUUGGACAGUGGCUGCAUCGAUGCAAAAUGGGUUGUGGCAAUUCCUCAGCCACCAGCGCUUCAGGAGGGAGGCCAGCAGAAGCCUCCAAAGAUGUGACAGAAGAUCCCUCAGCAGAAGACGAAAAAAGAAGGAACUAUGGCGGUGUAUAUGUAGGUCUACCAGCAGAUCUGACAACUGUGGCUACUAGUCAGUCCAAGUCCACACGUAAAGACUAGCAACAGGUGAAGGAAACACAAGACAAGUACUCUGACCAAAAAAAAAAAAAAAAAA